GUCCGUGUCUAGAUAUAGGAAUCUGUAUAUCUGCUGAAAAAGAUUGAAAAGGCACGUAGUUGUUUAUUUGUUAUUUCAUCUAAGUGCAGAAAGUGCUUUAAGUGCUGAGUCGUCUGAAGAAUCAACAUGUUGCCUAUUGUUUUUGCGGCCUUAUGCGUGGUCACAAUAUCGGCUGAAUCUUCAUCGAUCAACAGUUACUCCUCGGGUCCAAGUAGCACGCGAGACUACGAAUAUAGUGGAAGCGGAUACUCGAAUGAAAAGCCCAAUUACGGUGACCUCGGGAGUACUUCUUUCGUCACCUCUAGUGGAUCUCCUUAUUCAAAAAGCGAUUCACUUUUCGUAUCUGAUUCCAGUACUGACAGCGGAGACCCUCGCGCAAGCCUUACGAGUAGCUUCUACAAAAGCAAAUUCGGUAGCGAGGCCGUAGUAAACGCUAUAAGACCAAGUUCGAGCUCCUCAUCUGGGAGUGUCACUUCUUCGGCGCCAUUGGAACAAGCCGGCAGUCGGUAUAUCAACGGUGGAGAGUAUCCCCAGGGAAACUCUGCGGGCUAUUAUGAGAAUAACGGUGGAGCCGGCGGUGUCCAACCUGGGGCUUCUUCCGCCAGCGAGUACCCCGGAAGUUACGCGUCUGCUGGUUACAGGGAGCGCGGACCCUCCGAGCACUAUCGACAACCGAGCGAAUACAGUCAGUCUAGACCCAUCUACAGUGGAUACUCUGGCGUCGGCGAAUAUACCCAACUCCGGCCGACGAGCUACAGUCAUGGGAACCCUAUGGCCUCAGCACUCGUUGGGGGUGAAUACCCAAGCGCUCCACACCACCACCUCCAUCAGCACCAGCAGCAGCAGCAGCAGAACCACCACCACCACCGCGAAUAUCCCUACAUCUACAAAACCUAUGUAACGAGUAGUACCGGAGGGAGUAGUAGUGGUGGACCUUCGAGCAAGUAUCAGACAGUCCUCGGCGCUCUUAAGAGUCUCUUCACUGGCGGUGGCAGCGGCGGCUCUGACCCAGCAUCCAGCGCCACCCACGUACCGGCCUAUUAUUCCUCUAAUAGCGCAAUGCACGCAGCUGCGCAUCACGGACCAACUUAUUCCCAGUCUGCCCCCACAGGACCUGGUUACUAUUUUGCCUCGGGUCCUGGAGUUUCUGCCUCUGGUUCACUCUAUUCCAAGAGCUACCCGACAAUGCGCUUCAUGUCAAGCGGCACCAACGCCAGCAACAAAAUUAUUGUAAUUAGAGACAAUGGCAGUACUCAUUCAUCGAGUUACUCGAAUAACGGAGGUUCAAUCACUGGCGCAUCCUCGAGCUACCCAGCGAAGAGUAAAAUCUCCAACUUCGCUCCAUCCAACACGGGAUAUGCAUAUGUCGCGGGCUCGCCAAGUGUCCUGCAGGGUUAUACAAGUGGCUCAAGUAGCGGAUAUCCUGGCGGAUACUCAAACGGUGCAAGUUUCACAGGUAGUCACGGAGGCAGUACCUUCCUCGGAUACUCGGCUUAAUGCGUAACGCUGGAUGACGGGCGUUGUGUUGUCCUGGCAUGGAAGUAUUCCCGUGCACUGCUGAGUUAAAAACGUGCAAUUUAAAGCAGGAGUACAAUAUAGUAU